GUGCUUACUCAUCACUAUUUAAUGUUCUCUGUUUUGGUUUUCCUUAUCUUGUGAAAUAUAAAUUUAAUAAAACUACGUUAUUCGCUGUUGACACACGUAAAUCACCUAAAUAUGGAGGACCCCAACUCGAAGAACAACGUUGUCUGCAAGGGUUGUUCUACAGAACCAUCGCCACAGCUAAAUAUUUUGUGUGGAAUUUGCAAAGUAUUUUUCCGGGCGGGCGAUGUGAUUUUCAGCACGGCGGCAUGUGGCCAUGUUUUUCACAAGAAAUGCCUGACUAGCUGGUUGAGUACAUCCCAGUCCUGCCCCCAAUGUGGCUCCCACUGCUACAGAACACGCAUCCACCAAAUCUACCUAAACUUCGCCGAGCGCACUGAUUUUGACGAUGAAGAAAUUCCAAAUGCACCCUUCGAGUGGGUGCCCAUGGAUCUGGAGUUCGGCGCUCCAGCGGAUGCCCACUUGCCACCUGACGGAGCCAUACAAUGGGGCACAGACGACGACGGCCACCAAACAUAUGUAGCACGCGUUUACAUAGACGAUGAGCUACUCCCGGCCAGUUAUGUGCCAGAAAAGAAAGCAGCCAUCGCGUCCUGGGGCUGCCAUGCUAGAAGGAUGACUGAUGAAGUGGAAGUCCUUGUUUUGAGCGACUGUGAUCACAAAUGGGUGGCCGGCGAGGGGGGAAGUUUUCCUGAGGAUGCCUUACAAUCCGGAUAUGCUGACAACGGUGAAGUAACCUAUACCGGACGUGGUCUCCACAAUGGUAUUCAGAGGCUAGGCAAGGUGCAUCCCUCCCACAAAGUUCUUUACAUGGCCCACAAAGAUAGCGAGGUGAACACCAGUACUUACGAGGUCCUUGUGGUGACUCCACGCGAACAAGCCGACCGAUGAUCUAUUUUUCCAUAAUAGCCUUCGAUCAAAAAUAAAUUAUUAAUUAAUACUUUGUUAAUGUACUUUGUUCUUCUCUAAAUAUAGUACAAUCUAUCUGAAUGUAAA